AGGACAUGUCUUUCAGAGGAGGCGGAGGACGAGGCGGCCGAGGAGGAGGUGGAGGUUUUAACCGAGGUGGAGGAGGUCGAGGAGGGUUCGGUGGAGGCCGAGGUGGAGGAGGCAGAGGGGGCUUCGGUGGUGGUAGAGGAGGCAGAGGAGGAGGAGGAGGCUGGCAGGACUACGGUCCUCCUGAAUACGUCGUGGCCGUGGGAGAGUUCAUGCAUCCAUGUGAAGAUGAUAUUGUGUGCAAGUGCACAACAGAGGAGAGCAAGGUUCCCUACUUCAAUGCCCCCGUGUACCUGGAGAACAAGGAGCAGAUCGGGAAGGUGGACGAGAUCUUCGGCCAGCUCCGGGAAUUUUAUUUUUCAGUCAAACUCUCAGACAAUAUGAAGGCGUCUUCGUUUAAGAAACUUCAGAAGUUUUAUAUAGAUCCAAUGAAGCUUCUCCCACUGCAGAGAUUUCUUCCCAGGCCGCCAGGAGAGAAGGGGCCGCCGAGAGGAGGCCGAGGAGGAAGAGGUGGUGGGCGUGGAGGUGGAUUUCGAGGGGCCCGAGGUGGAGGAGGAUUUAGAGGCGGUGACCGUGGGGGCCGCGGUGGAUUUGGCCGUGGUGGAGGAGGAUUUAGAGGCGGUGACCGUGGUGGAGGAGGUUUCAGAGGAAGCAGAGGAGGAAGUAGUGGUGGACGUGGAUUCAGAGGUGCGAGGUGAUCUGGUGGAUCUUUUCAUCCCUGUCUACACCUGCAUCAGCAAAAAGACUGCAUUCAGUACCAGUGUCUGGCCAGUUGGAGGCAAUGUCCAUAUACUGAUUCAAUUUGUAGAACCUGUGGCUUUUCACAUUUUUUUAUUUUUGUACCAGUUUUGAAGAUGUGAUGAAUCAUCGCGUUAUUUAAAAGGUGAAACAUGACUGGGACCUUUUCGGCCUGUUGUGAAGGGUUCUAGGCUCCUUCUGCAAACAGGCUCAUCAUUAUCCUGUUUCCGAUUGUGUUAAAGUGUUGUUCAUGAUUUCAGGAGAGACAUUCACAAUUUCCCCGAAUUACUUUUGUCAGAUGUGGGGAAAUGUGUUAUGGGAAAUGUACUUUGAGUGGAAGUUGAAAUCAUUUUAAUGCUUAUAAUUUGUAAAAUCUUAAACCUACUGUUUUGUUAAAGACCUUGAUUAAAAGGUGCUUUGUAA